GAUGAACAAUCUCCUCUGCCCAUGGUACUUUUGCAUGGAAUGGGUGCUGGUGUUGGACUGUGGCUCUUAAAUCUUGAACACUUCUCUACACAUCGGAAAAUAUAUGCCAUAGAUUUGCCUGGCUUUGGUCGGAGUUUCAGAAAAAAACACAGUGAGAAAUUAUCAGCAGAAGAUGCUGAAACAGAAUUUAUUUCAGCUGUUGAAAGCUGGAGGAAAUCAAUGAAUUUAAACCAAUUUAUUUUACUUGGUCACAGUUUAGGAGGCUAUUUGGCUUCUGCUUAUGCUUUGCAACAUUCACAAUUUGUCAAAGGCCUUAUUUUAGUGGAUUCAUGGGGUUUUCCGAGAAGAAGUGUUGAUGAGGGUGAAAAAGAUAAAAAUAAUACACAAAGACCUUCACUCACCUGGAGAGUUGUUAGAUUGAUCUACACAACAGUCAAUCCCAAUCCACUUUCUGUCUUAAGAGUAGCCGGGCCAUUGGGCCCGUCACUGAUCUCAAAAUAUCGUCCUGACCUGGUUCAAAAGUUCAAACACAAGAAUAUGAAAGAAGACAGCAUUAUUGCCAACUAUGUUUAUCACUGUAACGCUCAAGAACCAAGGCUUAAUCAUCAUAAUUACAGUGGGGAAGUUGCAUUUAAGAGCAUGGUAGAAGGGUUGGCGUGGGCAAAGCAUCCAAUGAUUGACAGGAUUGGCCACCUACCCUCACACAUCCCCAUCACCAUGAUCAACGGUCGUAAAUCGUGGGUUGACUACAACAUUUGCCAUGAAGUUAAGAAGAUCAGAGGACAGGGAAUCGUCAAUGUGGAAAUUAUUGAUCAUGCCGGUCACCACGUUUAUGCCGACCAAUCAGAUGUCUUCAACAAAACUGUAAAAAAAACCUGCCAAUCAUACGAUAGAUUGUAUCAGAAAAAACUGGAUGAUACGAAAGCCUUAAGUAAUAAAGAUUUGUUUUUGUGUGACGAUGUCGAUGGAGCAGAUCACGUCAUGAACUUCUCACUGUGAUAGAUGAUGAUCACGUGAUAGAAGAUGAUCACGUGACUGAUGAUGAUCACGUGAUUGAUGGCGGCCAUGCGGUGGUUGAUGAUCAUGUAGUAGUGGAUAAUGGGAUAAUGGAUAAUGCGACGAAAGGUUGAUAUUUAGAUUGUGGAAGUGGUUUUUGCAAGGUGUCAUCCAUGUCAUAAUGAUGACAUGAAGAUCAUUCUAAUAAAAUGGAAUGGUAGUAAAUUAUCUGGACACCUCACUGAUGGUGACAACCUGUCGUUAUUGUUACUGCUUUGUGUUUCUAACUGGAAUGAUAUAUUUCUUACGGCAUUGCAAAUAAAAAAUAAUUUUAUAAUAAAAUUUGUUAAAGUUCUCCAAUUGUUGGUUGAUAUUUUACAUUUGUUUGUAAAAUUGAUGAUAUUUAAUCUAAACUUUUGUUAGACAAAUAAAAUAUAUUUUUCUAACGUUAAAAAAACACUUGAAUUGUAUUUUAACUAGACUAGCUUAUUAAUGUGAGUUCUGAGUUGUUUUAUGCAUUAAACUGUGUUCACUGAUGCCCAUUAAACAAGUACAGGACGCAUUUGUAUUAGUUAUUGUUACAAUUUAUAUAUAUAUAUUUAUAUAGUUAUUUAUAUACAUAAUACAAAAUAUAUUAACAAUGUGCUUAGAUUUCAUUUAAUCGUGUAUAUAAAAAUCAAAGAUUGUUUUGUUUUUCAUUGAUGGAAAAAUU